AUGCCUCCUACUUAUAUUGUAGCAUCCAUGACUGUAUUGGGAGCAAGCACAAUAUUUGGGGUGUUCACCAACUUACUGAUUGUCAUUGUGAAUAUUGUUGACAAGGUCAGAGGCAGAAAGCUCAAUCCAUCAGACCUCAUUAUGGUGACCCUUGGUUCAUUUAAUGUAUUAUUCCAGCUUAUUAUGCUGGUUAAUGACUAUGUGAGUUUUUUGGAUGGCAAACUUUACAGCUCUGAACAAAUCUAUACUUUAUUUACAGUUCUAUUGGUUCUUCCUAUUUUUUCCAGUUUCUGGAUCACAGUUUGUCUCUCUGUCUACUACUACUUGCAGAUCAGGAUUUUCACUCAUCAAUGCUUAAUCCGACUUAAACAAGGAGUGUCUCAGCUGAUACCAAAACUACUUAUUGCUUCAGUUUUUACUUCGGUGGCUAAUGGGGUACCAGCUGCCUGGUACCGACACAAAGACCACCUUAGUUCAAGCAUAUUUAACAAUCAGAGUCUAACUGCAUCAAAAGCUAAUAUUGCGUAUAUGCUUCCCAGCACUGUCAUUAGUUGCUCCCUUCCACUGACUGUCAUUGGAAUUGCUAAUGGUAUCAUUAUUAAAUCACUGCUUUCACACAGCCAUAAGGAUGACAGAAAUGCAAAUGGAGACCUUAGUCCAAGAGCAGAAGCUCGUUUUCGAGCAGCUAGGACUAUUGGGACCUUACUCCUUCUUUAUAUUUCAUUUUAUGUAUCUGAGGUUCUUCUCCUUAUAGAUACUUUUCCUAGGAAUAGUCCUGGAUUCUGCGGCUGUUUGAUGAUAAUAUAUAUCUAUCCUCCAGCACAGUCUGUGGUUCUGAUACUGGGAAGCCCCAAGCUUAAACAAAUCUCUAUUUCUUUACUUCAAUGUUUAUUCAGUAAAGAACAAUCUAAAAACAUAGAGAUUUUAUUUAUCAAGCUCUGA